AAUGAAUUAGCAAGCAUCUUUUACAAACGAAUAUCAUUCGUUAAACAAUAAAAUUACAACAGAGUCCAGAAGAAGAGAAGAAAAGGCUUUCCUCAGAGACUCUGCAAUUUCCAUCGCCGAUUUCUCAACGGUCAGCUUCAAGCUCUUCGUCGUUCUCGAUCUAGGUUUUCCAAUUCCUCUGCCUCCUGUUCGAUUUCAGAUUGCAUCUUCCAGUACACGUUUAAUUUCAUAUGAGUUCUAAUUAGGUCUUGAAUUCCCAAUUUUCUCGAGAGAAUUUUAAUUUUUUUUGUUAUUUCUUUACUGGGAAAAUCCCUCAGAUUCUAGGUUUUUAAAUUCAGAUCCAAUUUUUGUAUUAUUCAUGGGUUUCAACUCGGAGUUCAGUGACAUGAAUGUUAGAGUAGAAUCCAGAAUUUUGUAAAAUCAGAUUGAUUUUUUCGGGUUCAACCUUAUUGAUUAAGCAUUGGGAUUAUGGGGAGCUCUAAUUGUUCCUGAAGUUGGAGACUUGGGUUUGGGUUUGAUUUUUGAGAGCAAUUGGGAAGUGGGUUAUUCAUGCUUUUGAAGAUGUCUUUACGGGUUUGAGAGUUUGAAGGGCCUUUUGGUGUGAGAAUUUGAUUAUUGUAGCAGACAAUGUUCUAUGGUACAUUGGUAUGGGACCCUUGGCUCAUUGUUGUCCAAAUUGCGUGCCUUCAAUGUUUAUACUAUCUCACUUUGGGGUUCUUCUUGUCUAUUUUUGUUGGCACUCGCGUGUCUCGAAUGAGCCUUGUGUAUUUCUUUGACUAUGCUACUCUUACUGUCUCCACUGUCACCGGGUGGUGCGUCAUUGGCUCAUUUCUGCUCAGUGCUCUUGCAGGCGCUGGAUAUCUGCUUCUUCUGAUUGAGAGGGCAAAGAAGUGCUUAGAUUUUUCAGCAACCCUAUACAUUGUACAUCUCUUUCUAUGCAUCGCUUAUGGGGGUUGGCCUUCGUCAAUAACAUGGUGGGUUGCGAAUGUUACUGGAGUUGCCUUGAUGGCUGUGCUAGGUGAAUAUCUCUGCUUUAAACGUGAACGGCGCGAGAUUCCGAUAACACGAUAUCGUGCAAAUGUUUGACUGACGAGAAACUCUACAGGCAAGAACAAACAUUCACGUGGGAUUAUUACGGCUAUUCUUUCGUUGCUGAGGAGCUUCUGGAUAAAGAUAAUGAAUACCAAAUUCGAUCUGUGAUGAGGAGAGAAACUACCAUAAUAUGUGGAUUCUUUUGUCUCUGAUGGUGGCUGUUACAGAGAACAAGUGUAAAGUUCAACACGGUGCUUUAAAUGAUGGGGAGGUCUAAGCACAUGAGACUAGGUAUGCAUUGUGUUUGGAAAUCUUAAUGUGCAAUUUUGGUGGUUUUGAGUAGAGUAAUGCUUACCAUGUUUCUUGAGAUCAUUGUUCCUUCUAUUUGAUUUUCUAUAAACAUGAUACGCCUUGUCAAUUCUGGUUGCAAUAUUCUUAUUUUAUUACCCAUUUUUGGUAA